UUCUUCUCAUCACAAAAAUAAUAUAUCCUUCUUCUUAUAACACAAUUAAUUAUUGGCAGUGAUGGCAAACGUAGGAGGCCUUGUCGAUGUUCCAUUCCAAAACAAAGUCGAGUUUGAUGAUCUUGCUCGUUUUGCUGUCAAAGAUUAUAAUCAGAAAAAUGGUUCUAGUUUGGAGUUUGAAAAAGUUUUGAAGGUGAAGAAACAAAUAGUUGCUGGAAUAAUGUACUAUAUAACAUUUGAGGGCACUGAAGGUGGAAAGAAGAAAGAAUAUGAAGCAAAGAUUUGGGUGAAGGAAUCGGAGAACUUCAAGAAAGUUGUAGGGUUCAAGCUUGUAGGUGAUGAUCGUACAAAGCCUGGGGGCAUUAUCAACGUUCCAAACCCAAAUAGCAACGAGUUUCAAGAGCUUGCUCGUUUUGCUGUUCAGGAUUAUAAUGAAAAACAGAAAACUCAUUUGGAGUUUGUGGAAAAUUUGAAUGUUAAAGAGCAAGUUGUUGCUGGAAUGAUGUACUAUAUAACACUUGCUGCAACUGAUGCUGGAAUAAAGAAAAUAUAUGAAGCUAAGAUUUGGGUGAAGGAAUGGGAGAACUUCAAAAAAGUUGUAGAAUUCAAGCUCAGUGGUGAUGAUAUUACAAAGCCUGGGGGCAUCAUUAGUGUUCCAUUUCCAAACAAGCCCGAGUUUCAAAAGCUUGCUCGUUUUGCUAUUCAGGAUUAUAAUGAAAAAGAGAAGGCUCAUUUGGAGUUUGUAGAAAACUUGAAUGUGAAAGAACAAGUUGUUGCUGGAAUGAUGUACUAUAUAACACUUGCGGCAACAGAUGCUGGAAAGAAGAAAAUAUAUGAAACUAAGAUUUGGGUGAAGGAAUGGGAAGAUUUCAAAAAAGUGGUAGAAUUCAAACUGGUUGGUGAUAAUAGUGCAAAAGUUGGGGGCAUUAUCGAUGUUCCAAACCCAAAUAACCCCGAGUUCCAAGAUCUUGCUCGUUUUGCUGUUAAUGAUUAUAAUAAGUCACAGAAUGCCCAUUUGGAGUUUGUAGAAGUUUUGAAUGUGAAAGAACAAGUUGUUUCUGGAAUGAUGUACUAUAUAACACUUGUGGCAACUGAUGAUGGAAAUAAAAAAGAUUAUGAAGCCAAGAUUUGGGUGAAGGAAUGGGAGGACUUCAAGAAAGUUAUAAGCUUCAAGCUUGUUGGUAAGGAUAGUGCAAUAAUUGGGGGCUUUACCGAUGUUCCAUUCCCAAACAAACGCGAGUUCCAAGAUCUUACACGUUUUGCUAUUCAGGAUUAUAAUAAGAAAGAGAAUGCCCAUUUGGAGUUUGUAGAAAAUCUGAAUGUGAAAAAACAAGUUGUUGCUGGAAUGUUGUACUAUAUAACAUUUGCAGCAACUGAUGCUGGAAAGAAAAACAUAUAUGAAACAAAGAUUUGGGUGAAGGAAUGGGAAGACUUCAAAAAAGUUGUAGAGUUCAAGCUUGUUGGUGAUGAUGGUGCAAAGCUUGGGGGGAUUAUCAAUGUUCCAUUCCCAAACAGCCCCGAGUUUCAAGAUCUUGCUCGUUUUGCGGUUCAGGAUUAUAAUAAUAAAGAGAAGGCUCAUUUGGAGUUUGUAGAAGUUUUGAAUGUGAAGGAACAAGUUGUUGCUGGAAUGAUGUACUAUAUAACACUUGCGGUAACUGAUGCUGGAAAGAAGAAAAUAUAUGAAGCUAACAUUUGGGUGAAAGAAUGGGAGCACUUCAUAAAAGUUGUGGAAUUUAAGCCUGUUAGUGAUGAUAGUGUAAAAACUGGAGACAUUGUCGAUGUUCCAGAUCCAAACAUCCCCCCACUUCAAGAUCUUGCUCGUUUUGCUGUGCAGGAUUAUAAUAAGGCACAGAAUGCUCAUUUAGAGUAUGUAGAAAACUUGAAUGUGAAAGAACAACUUGUUGCUGGAACGUUAUACUACAUAACACUUGUGGCAACUGAUGCUGGAAAGAAGAAAAUAUACGAAACUAAGAUUUGGGUGAAGGAAUGGGAGGACUUCAAAAAAGUUGUAGAAUUCAAGCUUGUUGGUGAUGAUAGUCCAAAUCCUGGGGGCAUUACCAAUGUUCCAUUCCCAAACCUCCCCGAGUUCAAAGAUCUUGCUCGUUUUGCUGUUCAAGAUUAUAAUAAGAAAGAGAAUGCUCAUUUGGAGUUUGUAGAAAAUUUGAAUGUGAAGGAACAAGUUGUUGCUGGAAUAAUAUACUAUAUAACACUUGUGGCAACUGAUGCUGGAAAGAAGAAAAUAUAUGAGACCAAGAUUUUGGUGAAGGGAUGGGAGAAUUUCAAG